GGAGUCACAUGGUGAAGGAUCGGUUCAUGAACUGGAUCAAAGGUACCGAAACAUACCACCAUUCGGACAAGACACAAUCCGAAGGUUCUCAACAAACAAACUCGUCCAAAAUGAAGAAGAUGGCAGCCAAUGAUUAUGAAGACCUCUUACAGUGUGCUAUACCAGCUUUUGAGGGCCUCCUACCUGAGCCGCAUAAUAAAAACAUACUCAACCUGCUAUUUAUUAUGGCACAGUGGCAUGGCCUUGCGAAGCUGCAAAUGCACAGCGAUGAAACUUUGGAAUUCCUUGAUCAAGCUACAACAUUGCUCGGACACCAACUUUGCAAAUUUCAGCAGGAAACAUGUCCCGCUUUCAACACCAAGGAGCUUCAACGUGAAAUUGAUGACCAAAACCGACGCCAGGCCAAGCAGCAAUCAAGUAGUAGUAAUGCACGUGCACCACUGUCAAAUAACAACGCUCAACAACCAAAAGCAUUGAAUCUCAACACAUACAAAGUUCAUGCCCUUGGUGACUAUGCUGCCACCAUUAGAAGACUAGGCACGGCAGAUUCAUAUUCCACACAAAUUGGUGAACUUGAACACCGCACACCAAAAGCACCUUAUUCCUGUACAAGCAAAAAGGUGUUUAUCAAGCAAAUUACAAAGAUUGAACGAUGUCAGGCUCGGCUCCAAAAAAUCCAUCUUAAAUUGCUGAGUAGACAGCAUCUAGAUGAGAACAUCCCCGCUUCACCUGAAACCCAUCACCAUAUCGGAAAGGCACAGAACCAUUCUAUUGACAUCCAGGGAUUCUUACAGAAACGAAUAGGCAACCCCGCUAUCAAGGAGUUUUUGACUAAACUCCGAGCGCACCUUCUUCCACGACUGAAGGUAGCUCUCCUCACAGACCAAAACAAGCCUGCCGCUACAAGCAGUGAAACGGGCACUUUUGCGGGAGAUAACACAUUAGAUGGAAGCUACAUCAUUUUCCAUAAUAAUUGUAUCUACCACCACAACAUCAUCCGCCUCAACUAUACAACCUAUGACAUUCGACGGGCGCAGGACGUAGUGAACAUAAACACAUCACACAACAGUAUUAUGAUGCUCUCUGACCAAACUAUAGAAUCUGGCCAUCUAUUCUUAUAUGCAAGGGUCCUAGGAAUAUACCAUGCAAAUGUUAUUUAUGCUGGACCUGGAAGUUACGACUACCAAGCUCACUGCAUGGAGUUUCUCUGGGUUAGAUGGUAUGAGCCUCUCAGAGACAGUGACUGCAAUACUGGCUGGCAUCGUCAUCAGCUUGAUCCAUUUCAGUUCCUGCCCACUGACCACCAAGAUGCAUUUGGCUUUGUAGAUCCAGCUGAUAUACUUUGUAGCUGUCAUGUUAUCCCCCGAUUUUCAGAAGGGCCUUUGCAUCCACAUAGGAUUGGUACAUCACUCUCUGCGAAAGACUUGGCAGACUGGAAGACAUACUAUGUGAAUAGGUUUGUUGACCGUGACAUCAUGAUGCGCUAUUAUUAUGGCUAUGCUCCUGGCCACUUGUACGCUAAACACUCACGAGGAAAUACUGAGCCGCCCUGUGGAAUACCAGAUGAAAUCGCCGCAGCAACAGUCACAGAUCCUGCAGAUGAAGUUUCCAAUCAUGCACCUGAAGCCCCGGGUUUGCUUGGUUCGGAUGCAGAAAACCAUGAAUAUGAGGGCCGAGCCUCAUCAGUGAGUGAAGAUUCUCAAUCAACCUCCUCCGACUUGCCUUCAGAAGAGGGAGAUCAAGAUGAUGGAUUGCAGGUCUACGGCCUCAAUGAUGAGAGUGACGGGAAUUUUGAUUAGGAAAUAAUGUUGACUUACGAGUUUUUUAUGCUAUGACAUCUUUGUCUGUUAAAUUGCAAGUAUCUGCCGGUGGGAUCAAUGCACACAUAUAUCACACCGAUAAUCACAGAGGCAGACUAGCAAACUGGUUGUAUAUUAGAAGGCUAGAUAAGCUCGCAUG